AUGAAACCUCAUAGUAAAUGUAUAUACCAGUAUGCACUAUUACUCAUUCUUUCACAAAUAACUGGAGUGAUAUUCAGUCUAACCUACAUCAAUUCUAGCAUAACAGGAACGCAAUACUGGACUCUGACUGAAUCACCAUUUAUCAUUAUACACAAUGAUUUAAUCAUAAAUCCCAAAGCUAAACUUAUCAUUGAUCCUGGUGUUCGUAUAUUGAUCGGUGCUGGACUAUCAAUUAAAGUGAAAGGUGUUAUUUAUGCCAAAGGAACUUCAGAUCGUAGAAUUGUAUUCACGAAAUGGAGUGCGUCUGAUAAAUAUAAUUCUCCACUUGAAAACUAUGUAAAUGAAACUAUGAUAUUACCACGCGUUAACACGUUUACUUACCAACCUUAUCAUAAAAUUAGAUUAGUGAAUGGAAAAUGUACCAAUCAAGGUGAACUGCAAAUAUGGUUAGCUAGUAAAUGGAGAUCUGUUUGUAGUCAAAAUAAUGAAUGGAGUAAAAUAGAUUCUCGGAUAGCUUGUCAACAACUCGGUUACUUCAACGGGAAUUUCUCUUUUGGUGCACAGUCGUUUAAUCGAUAUCCAAGUGUACAAAUUAUAAAACCUCAUUGUUUUGGCAACGAGACAAAUGAACUCGGUUUAUUUUCUUGUCCCGGUUUAACGAAAAAUAUCAGUUAUGGAAGAAAUGUAUGCGAUUUACAAGAUUUGGUUAAUUUAAAUUGUUGGGGUGUUAAUCCUAGUCAGUUUAUUGGUUAUUGGAAAGGAAUAGAAAUUAUCAAUGCAACUCAUAAAGAAGUGAAUAUUCCUGAAGAAUGGGGUGGAACUUAUGGAAAUACACGUUUGAAUGUUUCAGCAUCAGUCUUUGAAUAUGUAGACAUUCAGUUUGCAGGUGUGAAUCGAUCAAACUAUCAGUCGGCAGCAUUAAGCUCAACUCCCUAUCCACCAGUCCUAUAUAAUGUCCAUUUAGCUUAUAAUGCCCAUCAUGCUAUAAACUUUCAAAGAAUUCGUGGUCCAGCAUUACUUGAAAAUGUUACGACAGAAAAUAAUCAUGGACAUGGAAUUAAAAUCACAUCAAUUAUGGGUUAUAUUAGAUUAAAAAGUGUUACUUCAUUAAGAAAUAAUGGUGAUGGAUUAAAUAUCAAAUUAUUGAGCGGUCCACAUUAUCAUUGGCCUGAAGAAACACUUGAAUUCAUACAUAAAGCUUAUUGGGUUUGUCGACCUGGUUCAAUACCGGCUAGUCCAGUUUUUCCAUUCUUAAUGAUAGCUGAAUUACCUGGACCAACGUUUAAAACAAGUGGAAUGUGUGAAUUUCAUGUCGCUUCGGAUCAAACAGAUCAAAUUAUAACUAUCAAUCUACUUGAAACAAUUCAUGAUCCGAUAGCAUCUGGAAGAAUUGAAAUAUGGGAUCAAUUGACAAUGAAUCAAAUUGCUAAUUGGUCAUUAGUUAAUCAAACAAUUUUGAAUAAUCAUAAUAAUCAUACGAAUUAUCCUUCUUUAGUAUUCCAUAGAAAUUCAGGUCCACUGAAAGGUUUAGUAUAUCAAGGUGUUUCUUCUAUCAGAAAUGCUAUUCUAAUAAAAUUUAUUUGGAAAAAACUAGCGGAUCGUUUUGUUUGUUCAGAAUUUGCUAACUGUAUACGUGCAUUACUUCAUAUAUCUGUGGGUCAGACUAAAUUAGCUGAAGUAAUAUUGAAAAACUCAAUAAUUAGUGAAAAUAAUCAACAUGGUCUAUCACUUCAUAAUCCAUGGACAUAUAUUCAUUUAGAAAAUAAUACAUUUGAACAAAAUCAAUAUGAAGCUGGUGUAAAAAUUCUCGGUGGAUCAGCUGAUAUUCUUGUAAAUAAUAAUCAUUUUAUUAGAAAUCAAAAUUCCGGUUUAAACAUAAGUGUAACAGGUGGAUUUAAUCAAAUCAACAAUUCAUUAUUUCAUAAUAAUUAUGGACAUGGUUUAGUAAUCUGGAAUCUUAAUCAGUCGGAUUUGUCAUCAUUACGUCAACCAAAUCUUCCUCUAAAAACACAUGUUCACCUUUCUAAUUUCACAGAGAAUUAUUAUGAUGCAAUUCGUUUUUACAAUUCUUGUCUUAGAAUGGAAAUUUUGGUAAAUUUUACAUAUUUUUUCAAAAAUCAUCGCAACGCAAUCAGAGUUUACUCAUGCCUUUGUAAAGAUCUUAACAUAAUAACUAAUUUUACAUUAGGAUUUAGUUAUUUUAAUACAAAUCAAUUAAAUGCAAUUAUAAUAUCACCAAUGGUUAAUAUAAUUGGAAAAAUUAUUAAUUCAACAUUUGAACAACAUUUACAUGGUGUAAUAUAUAUGGAUAAUUCAGAUAAUCUAUUUAAAUCACAACAAUUACGUGAAUUUCCUAUUGCCUAUAUGAUAAGUUAUAAUGAAUUUCAAAAUAAUCAUGGUUCUUAUGUUGUACAUUUAAGUUUAACUGAAAUAUCCAAGUUACAACGUAUAGAUUUAAUAUAUAAUAAAUUUUUAUAUAAUCGUGUUCAAAUUAAAUCGCCAUCAUUAUUGAAACCUCGUUCAACAUGUCCUGCUGUUAUUGUUAUUGGUUCGUCAAAUGUACAUAUAUUUCGUAAUCAUUUAUGGAAUCCUUACUCUGAUAUUGAACUUGCUAGUCAUUUAUCGUCACCAGAUAAACAAAUCAACGCUACUUUUAAUUAUUGGGGCAAUUUACAAGAUUGGUCUAUGAAUGAUUGGAGUAUUGUGCAUAAAAUUGUAUUUAGUAAGAUAUUCGACCAAAAUCAUCGUUAUACACUGGCUAAAAUCAACUAUCAUCCAUUACUCAAAGAUUUAAAUCUAAGAAGUAAUUUCAUCACUUCAAAUGAACCUCCAUAUAUAUCAAAUUUUAUACAGACUACAACAUCAAUCGAUGAACCAAUUUAUCUUGGCGGUCGAAUUCCAAUCGAACAAAGCAGAGAAGUGAUUUUGAAACCUGUGCAAAAUCCGAAAAGUUUUUAUCGUGUAACUAAAGAUAUUUUUAUCCCACCUACUGGGCGCCUUAUUAUUGAACCUGGAGUAAAACUAUUCUUCGACUCUGGAGUUGGUUUAUUUUCUCAGGGUGAAUUAAAACUGGAAGGAACAUUAACGUCUCCAAUUAUCUUUGAUCAUUACUCUCAAGUAACAUUAAACAAUGAUGAAAUACAAGGGCACUUCAUAAAUCAUGCAAAUUUAAAUAAAUCAAUUCCCAAUAAUACUGUGCGUUUAUCUGGCGGUGAAUGGUCUAGAAAUAAUAAUACUUACUAUGGACGUUUGGAAGUAUGGAUAUCGAGAAUUAAUCAAAUAUCCAGUUCAGAAUAUGGUCAUUGGGCUACUGUAUGCGAAGAUGGUUUUAAUGAGCAUGCAUUAAUGUUAGCAUGCCUUAACAUAGGAUUAGUUGCAAAUCCAAAAAGUUGGCUACUACCAAUCAGUAUACGAGAAGCUACUAUUGAAAAAGCAAAUAGAUUGAUGAAUAGAUCACGAUCCUCACUAGGUCAUAUAACUUAUAUUGAUUGUCAAGGUUAUGAAACAGAUCUAUUUGAAUGUGAAUACAACUAUGAACCGAUCGCAUAUCCAUUACAAACAUGUAUGAAUUCUAAGGAUCUAGUUAUUCAAUGUUAUCGUCCAGGUUGGAGUGGAAUACGUAUUACUGCUUCAGAUUCUGGAUCACGUACAAUUAUUUCACAUGUUCAAAUACAUCAUGCUGGUCUAUUAGAUUAUACACGUUUAGAAUAUAUGCCAAGUUUACAGUUGGAUUAUUUCAGUGGAACUAUAAACAAAUUAAAAAUUACUGAUAGUUUAUCCAAUGGUCUUGUAAUAUUAUAUAGUAAUCCAUUAUUGGGUACAAAAAUUAUCAAUAGUCAAUUUAUAGAUAAUUUCGAAUCAGGAUUAUUAACUUAUACACCAUGGUUUAGUUUAAUUAAUUGUCAUAUAACAAAAAGUCAAAUAAAUUCUGGAUUACAAUAUAAUAGAAUAAUGACAGUUGAACAAAGAUUUGCAUUUCAUGCAGGCAUAGUACCUACUCUAACUUUAUUUCAUAAUAUUGAAGAGAAUUCAAAUAAAUUUACUACAACACGUGUUUCAUUGCCUGACGGAUGGAGUUUAGUGGAAACUUAUGAAAAAUUAUCACCGAAUGGUAUUAUAUUUGUUAAUGUACCUGUGGGCAAAAGUAUGGAAAAAACUAUUUAUAGGACUGAAUUAUCAAUUGAUGAUGCAUAUCAUUUCCACCAAAUUAUUAUUGAUCUGUUAGAAUUCCCUGGCAGUGUCAAAUUACCAACAAGUCAACAACAAGCAGUAAAUUAUCCUAAAGCAUGUAUAGGUCCUUCCAUAACAUUAAACAAUUCAAUUCUACCAGCCAUUCAUUAUAGCAAUAACAAUUGUAAUAGAUUAAACAAAUUACAUUGUAUUAAUACAACAACCAUAACAAAAGAAGAGUUAAUUAUUUAUGAUUCUGGAUUUGUUAAUUUCAAUCCAAUUCAAGUGUAUAAUUGGCGUAUACCAAAAGAUUUAAUUCGUUUACCAUUGAUUUCGUCAACAAAUAAAUUAAUUAUGGAACUUCGUGUAGACGGUCUAAAAUCUGGUCAAUUUUUAUUUAGUAUUCAAGUGAGAAAUUUAUUUAAUCAACAUAAAAAUUACCAAAUGAAUAGUUAUACUGAUGAUUAUUUAACUACGACUGCUACCUCUUGGAAAAGUUCUCAUUAUGAUCAUUUAAAUGUUCACUAUUCAUUAAAACCAAAAUUUCAUGUAAAAAAUACUACAUUAGAAGAUAAUCUGAUCGGUGUUAAGUUAUAUCAUUAUAGUGAUCCAAUGGAUGGACAAAAUAAUCAUUUUUGGCGAAAUGAACAUGAAACGUUUAUUUUUGAUAAUGUUAAAAUAAGAAACAAUCUGUAUACAGGAAUGAAUAUACUAUCAGUAACACAAUUCACUAAUAACUGGUUUCAUCCGAAUUACAAAGAAUUUAGACAAUCUGUUGAACAUCUUUCAUUCAUCAACUAUAAUAUUACAAAUUGUGAAUUCGCUUAUAAUAAUUAUGGAAGUUUACUAGUUGAACAUAAUCCUAUUGAAUAUUCAAAUAACAUUUGGUCUUAUCACAUAAUUAAUAAUAAAUUCAUUGAAAAUGGAUUAGUCAACAAUGAGAUAAACAUGGUACAUUCAUUCCCCUUCUCAUCAUCAUCAUCAUCAUUCCCGAUGUUCGAAACUUUUCAACAUGGCUUACAAUUUUAUAUACCAUUUAUCUCCAAUGAAUUUAAUUGGCGUUAUGAAUCUGGUAUUAUUAGCCAUCAAAUUUCAUUAUUACAUAAUCAGUUCAAUUUUAAUAAGAAUUUCCAUUUACAAAUUUCUGGUUAUACAGCAAAAUUAAAAAUUGAAAAUAAUCAAUUUUUGGAGAAUUAUUGUCAAAAUGUUUUACUUGGAGAAAAACAAAUAUCAGAAAAUGGACUAGUACAAUCGUGUGGUAUGGAACGUGAAAUCAUCUUGUCAGAUAAUUAUUUCUUACGUAAUAAAAAUUGUUCAUAUAUUAUUCAACUAAAAGGUGAAAGCCAGUCACGUGAUUUGGUCACGCUUCAAUCUUUUAUGAAGAAAAAUAUCCUUCAAGAUAAUGAUAUAUGUAUGAAUACUGAGAAAAGAUUUCAAUUUAUUAACCCAUGGGAAUGUUAUACAAUGGGAGUUUUCGGUACACAAAAUAUUACUAUCAGGCAUAAUAGCUUUGAGAAUUGUAAGUCUAUUUCAGUCGACAGUCAUCCAUGUUAUGAAUUAAUUGCCAGUAUACAAUCUAUACAGAUCCCAAAUUUCUUAGAUGCUCAACAAAAUUAUUGGGCUAGUUCAAAUAUAACAGAAAUACGUCAACAUCUAUUUGAUUUUAAUCAAUGGAAUAGCUUUUCUUUAAUAAAUUUCAAUAAUUAUUUAACUUCAUUUCAUCCUAUCACUAAUCAUUUAUCACUGAAACUUUCAAUGCCUACUAAAAUGAAUCCACUAAAUGCGGAAGAAAUCUUGAAUGGUCGAAUAGAAAGCGAUCUAUUUGUUCCAAGCCGUUUAAAACCUUAUAGAAUCAUGUCAGAUAUUACUGUAAUGCCUGGAGUAGAACUUCAAAUUGAAGCUGGUGUAAAAUUUGAAUUCGCUCCACACAUUGGUUUAUUGGUUCUUGGUCGAAUAGAAGCACGUGGAACACAUGAUAACCCUAUAAUUUUUACAUCUAUAAAUAAUUCUCAAUUGGAAAAUAAUCAAUUUAAUUCAAUGAUAAAAUCGAAUUUAAUGUCCACAAAAUUUAGAAAACCUAACAUUGUGAACACUAAUAAUAAUCAUAAACCAACAACGGAGACUUAUUUAUCAGUUGGUAGGAUAACUCUAUCGACAGAAAAUGUUAGAUUAAUAGGUGGUGAACAGCCUAACGAAGGGUUUGUUCAAUUUUUUAAUUAUUCAACCAAAAAUUGGUAUAUUGCUUGUGAUAAACAAUUCUCUACACGUGUAGCUCAAGUAGUUUGUUCCGAGUUCAAUGUAUCUACAUUGACUGCAAUUGUACGCUUUUCAAAUCUCUAUGAUCAUUAUGUCUACGGAUUCCAAAAUUUAUUGAAUAUCAAGCAUAUUUGGAUGGAAAGUUACACAUGUAAUGGAUUCGAAAGUAAAUUAGCUUAUUGUCGUAGAAGACUAAAUUAUGAUGCUGUACAAUGUUUGAAGCGUAAAGACUUUGUCUUUUUACGUUGUAUACCUCAAAUCAAUAAAACCGUAUCAAUAGACAAAAAGAUCAUAGAUUUAUCUACUUCGACUUGGGGUAAUAUUCGUAUUGUACAACCUAAUUCUGAACACUAUCCAACUAUGUUGCCCAAUAACCACAUGAGUUAUACCGAAAAACAAUCUGUACUUGAAUAUGUUAAUAUAGAAAAUGCUGGUUUACUACAUGGUGAACGUGUUCCAGCGCUGACUAUAGUGUAUGCUUACCCAAAACUCUCAUUCAUUAAAAUUAACAAUUGUUUUGAUUCUGGACUUGAACUUAUUACUCCAAAUGGUCCAGUCAAAGUUACUAACUGUACUAUGUCGAAAUGCCUUGGACGCGGAUUAGGUAUGACAAUAUUUAACAGUGAUUCUACUGAUCCAGUUACGAUUGGAACAGAAAAUUCCAAAUCCUUCUAUAAUAAUCCGUCAACACUUCCACCUGAACAACACUCAUUAUUCCCUUUACCACAACCAUCGUCUGGAAACAUAUUAUUUAGCAGUAAAUUAUCAAAUGAGUUCACUCGUUCACCUUUAAGUGAAUAUCCAUUUAAAAAUGAAGAGAUUUUAUUUGGUUUUAUUCCAAUGUGUUCAAGUGAAAAAGUGAUCAAUGUGCUAGAUCGUGUUCUAGUUCAAUUUAAAUAUUCUUCAUGGUUAAAUGGUAUACAUUCAUGUACCAAGAUAUUUCGCUCAAUAAUACCAGGACGUCGUUUAGCAUGGAGAUUUUUAGCAGUUAAUUUAUAUAAUGAUCCAUUGAUUGAAAAUUUCAUUCAAUUGUAUAAUGGUGUAAAUCAAACUGCAAAUCAAAUGAUUACAGUUAUAACACAAGAUACUCUAUCAAUGAAUGAAAAUUAUCUAACCAAUAAACACUACACAUUUAUCACUUCACCAAUCCAUGAUGAAUUUAGUGUUUAUGUACAUACUAGUUCAGUUAGCGAUGAUAAGUAUGGAUUUAUCGCGGAAAUUAUUAGUUUACCAUUAUCUGUUGGACGUAAACAGCAAGAAAUGAACAGAUUUAUAAAACAUGAGAUCGAUACGUGUGAGUUUCAUCAUAAUCAAGAAGGUGGAUUACGGAUAACAAGUAUUGGUGAAUUUGGACCUGAUAUACAUUUAUCAAAUCUUCGUUUGGAAGAAAAUGGUUUAGUUAUGUUAAAUUUAACCGGUCCAUCAGCUAUAGAGUUGUAUUUAACAAAUUCCCGUAAUUUAUUGAUACAAAACUCUUACAUCGCUAAACAUUCUGGUGAUAUAAUUAAUAUGGUUUUAUUAGCUAAUCAACUUACCAAUGGAAUUCAAGCAAAUUUGACAAAUAAUGUUAUUGUUCGUAACAAGUUUGGCAGUGUUCUUCAAGCUCACGGUAAUCAUUUCAACGCCAUACAGGUAUUACGUAAUUAUAUAGCACAUAAUGAUUGUGGUUAUAGAACAAUGAUUCAUAUAAAUGGUUUAUUAAGUCAACCAUUUGAAAAUAAUUUCAUUUAUGAUAAUCGUGCUGACAUACUACUUAUAUGUGAAGGAAAUGAAAAUUUAAACCAAUAUUCUAUUUAUCAAAAAAAUGGUUUUUAUAAUAAUCAAGCCUUAAAUAUAACAAAACGUACAACCAUAUUCUGUAAAAAUUCUAAAAAUAUAUUUCGAUAUAAUUAUUUUCGUAAUAUAUUAAAUGAUUAUGAGCUUGUUACUGGGAAUCAAAGUAUAAUUAGUGUUUUACCAAUACAAUCAGGAUUUCAAUGUCCAACUUCCCCUUAUACAUCGUGCCCUCAAGGAUGGAAAUUACGCUUGGAAUACGACGCUUGUGUAUGUUAUAGACCGGAUCAAAUCGAUGCACAAUAUAACUGGUGGGGAGAUACUUCUUCUUCAUCAUCAUCAUCAUCACUGCCAAAAGUAUCAUCAUUAUCAAACAAUCAACUAUUGUUAAUGAAUUCUGUGAAAUCGACAAACAUAACGAUUGACAAUGAAGAUCACAAUCAAAUAACUUCACAAAAUUUUGCACAAAAUCGAAUUUAUGAUCAUCAAGAUGAUUUAUAUUUGAUUAAAGUGAAUUAUGCUAAUUCUUAUUUAAGUAAUAGUUCAACAUUAGGACAAGGAAUUUAUUGUCCACCAAAUUGGGAUUUUUAUGAAUAUAAUUGUUUUUAUUAUUUUGGCGCACCGAUGACAUAUCAAGAAGCAAAUGAUUUUUGUCUUUCUGAAGUUGAUGGAAUUUUAGCAACUUCACAAGAUCGCACUGACUGGUUAGGUAAAAAGCUUGGAGAAUGGCAACAUAACUAUGAUUGGAUAAACAGGUAUACUUGGGUUACUAGGGCAUGGGUAGAUAGUGACGCUCAAUUUCCGACACAUUGUACCGUCAUUCGAAAUGGAUGGCUUGAACCAUAUCCAUGUAACAAGAAAAUCGGAUUUUUCUGCCAGAAAACUCCGUACGUAUCGUACUCGAGUGCGCAGCCUGUCGUCGUUGCAUUGUUAGGUCUGGUUGGCUCUCUAUUGGCGCUAUCGAUUGCGUUGUUGUUGGUCGGUUGGUUUGUGAAGUCAAGACGUCGUCAUUCGCAAAAGUUACUGACUGCUUACAACAGGUCUUCGUGGUUGGGACAGUACUAUUCACGGGUUGGAAAUGAUGAUUGGUCUUCUCGGUUAUCUCAGGUUCAAAAUGUGAACAAUGCGGCUAACGCGCCCUCCAGCAGACAAUAUUAUUCAGCAGUAUCAGAGGAUUCUCCAGUAAAUUUAAAAUCCAAAAACCAUACUCUCAAUAAAUACAAUAGUUACGAAGACCAUUUAAAUGACAAUCUAACAUCGCGUUAUUACUCCAAAAACACUGGUCAUAGACACAAACGAAGAACUUCGAAACAUCAAGAUGUCAAGUGUCAUAAAACAGAAAACUUAUUGAUUGAUGAUGGUUUUAUUUUCACACAUAAUGCUGAUUCGGAAUCUGUCAAGAUGCCCAUAUCGAGAAAUUCACUUUCAAACAGUUUAACUCAUUGGGAUUCAUCUUCUGAAACAUCGGAAUAUCAGCAAAUGGAAUGUACCAAUUACGUUGUGGAAAAUCAUCAGCAACGUAAUAAUCAUAAUGAUAAUAAUAGUCGGUGUCAUUACUAUGGUAAUACGCAAAUGGAAUUCCAAUCAUCGGAUGUUUAACCUCUACAAACUAAUAUUAAUUAAUUAUCUACUACUAUCUUACAAACAAUAUUUACUGUGUAUCUCGUUAUUUUAAAAAUUUGUCAAAUUAUGUCUUA